AUGAAGUUAGUCGGGUUCGUUCCAACGGCCCUGGCCGUAUUUGCGAUGUUUGCAAGCGUCUUGGGCGUUGAACUUGAUAUUACUAGCGCUACUAGUAUUGGCAAAGCAUCUGCAUUGGUUGCCCAGGGUCUGAUGGACUACUAUACCGGUAAUAACAGUGGUAACUCACCGGGAAUGUUCUCCCCACCCUACUACUGGUGGGAAGCGGGUGUAGCAUGGGGUACCAUGCUCGACUAUGGCUUUUACAACAAUAACGACACCUAUAACAGCUUGGUUCACUCUUCGCUGCUGUACCAAAGUGGUGACUAUUGGAACUACAUGACCUUUAACCAAACCUCCACGGAGGGUAACGAUGAUCAGGCCUUCUGGGGCAUUUCUGCUAUGCAAGCUGCCGAGAAGAAUUUCACCGCUCCCGGAAAGGGCUGGCCAAAGACUUGGCUGUACUUUGCCCAGGCUACUUGGAAUACAAUGGCUGCACGUUGGGAUGACAAGAACUGCGGUGGUGGCUUGCGCUGGCAAAUCUAUACGUGGAAUGCCGGUUAUGACUAUAAGAAUAUGGUUUCCAAUGGCUGUCUGUUCCAUCUGGCCGCUCGCUUGGCUCGAUUCACCGAGAAUUCGACUUUUGUCGACUGGUCAGAGAAAAUCUGGGACUGGGCCGUCAGCGUGAAAUUCAUUGGACCACCAAUUAAUGGCUCACACGACCUACGGGUGAUUGAUGGUGCCCCUAUAGCGGGUAAUUGUACUACGCUCCACCCUUAUGAGUGGACAUAUAACCAAGGCUUGAUGAUGGCAGGUUGUGCUUAUCUUUACAACUACACCGGUGACGCUAAAUGGCUCAAUCGCCUGGAGGAUCUUUGGGGCCGUGCACAGGUCUUUUUCUCAAAUGGAAUCAUGUACGAAGCAGCCUGUAUGCCACUAAAUGGAGGUACAGUUCGCUGUAACAACGAUCAGCGCUGUUUCAAGGGUAUCUUCUCGCGAUUCCUAGGCCUCACUAUGCUUAUGGUUCCACAAAUGUACGACGAGAUUAUGCCGUUCAUCAAAACCUCCGCCGAAGCGGCUGCUCAGUCUUGCUCCGGAGGUACUGAUGGUCACACAUGCGGUUUGGACUGGACCGUGCACAAAUGGGACGGCUACUAUGGUCUUGGUGAGCAGAUUUGUGCACUGGACACUUUCAAUACUUUGCUGAUUUCCUCCAAACCUGCUGCAUAUACUGCCCGUGAACUGUAUGGUCCCCCAACCACUGACUCAAGUACCAAUGAUAACAACAAUGGCACUAAUAGUGUUUACGGUUAUGGCAAUGCUGGUCUCAACUCUAGUACCGUCACUGCCCAAGUAUUGAACAUCGAUACUGCCGACAAAGCUGGAGCUGGCAUUCUCACCGCUGUGGUCGUUAUUUUCAUGAUUUGCGGCUCUGCUUGGCUCAUUCUAUAA